AUGGGUGACGAUGAUAAAGUAUUGGCUUGUGCGUCAUUUAUCGUUAUGUGUGGUGAAUACUUAAAUUUGAAAAAAACUACAAAAGGUCCAAAAAAAAGAAGGUGGUGGAUGUCAUCUUUAAAUAAAAGCCGCAAUAGGUACAACGCGACAAAUCUAAUCGAAGACCUGAGGCGUGAACCAUCUGGUAAAUUUGAGAAUUUUUGCCGAAUGUCAGCUACAGAUUUUGAAUUUUUACUAUGCAAAAUUGGUCCAAUGAUCCGAAAAUCAAAUACCAAUAUGAGAGAAGCGAUCCCUGUACAGGAAAGAUUGGCCGUUUCACUUAGAUUUCUGGCAUCCGGCGAUAGUUUCAGUAGUUUGUCAUAUUUAUUUAAAUUCUCAAUCCAAACAGUGUCGAGAUGUGUAUACGAUGUUUGCAGCGCCUUAAUACAAAUACUAAAGGAAGAAAUUAAGAUUCCUAAAAAUCCACACGAAUGGAAAUUAAUAGAAAAAGAAUUUUCUGAAGUAUGGAACUUUCCUCACUGCUGUGGAUCUAUGGAUGGUAAACAUAUCGUUAUACAGUCACCCAUACAUAGCGGUUCGGAGUAUAUCAAUUAUAAAGGCACAUUCAGUGUUGUUUUAUUUGCUUUAGUGGACGCAAAUUAUAAUUUUUUAUACGCAAAUAUCGGAUGCCAAGGAAUAAUUAGCGACGGGGGUGUAUUUAAAAAUACAUCUUUGUACAAAAGUAUCGAAGAAGAUCAAUUAAUGCUACCACCAGCGCUUCCAUUGCCUUUAAGAGAGUUUCAUGUACCUUAUGUAUUUCUUGCCGAUGAUGCGUUUGCAUUAAGCUCACAUUUAAUGAAACCCUACUCCGGAAUACACGAAAAAGGUAGUAAAGAAAGAGUUUUCAACUAUCGUUUGUCCCGAGCACGUCGUGACCGUCGUGUAGUCGAAAAUGUUUUUGGAAUAAUGGCUUCUGUAUUUCGAGUAAUGCGAAAACCAAUGCUACUUGAACCAGAAAAAGUUACAAAUAUAACACUAACAUGCGCGCUACUGCACAACUUUUUAAGAAAAAGUAAAACUUCCUCUACCAAGUACUCACCAAACGGGACGUUUGAUUUGGAAAAUGAGGAAGGUCAAAUUAUUCCUGGUGCAUGGCGACAAGAAGAAAGUACUAUGACGUCUUUAUUGCCUCUUCGCAAUAUACCAAGGAAACCCGGAAUGGAAGCUAAACAAAUACGCGAAGAGUUUGCUACAUAUUUUGCUACCAAUGGUAAAGUUCCAUGGCAAAAUGCAUACUGCUAAAUUUGUUUAAAGCAAAUUAA